AUGGGGGUAUGGGAGGACGUCUCAUGUCUAGCCUUUGUGGAGGAUAGGGCAUGGGUCGCAUGGAGGAUUGCGGAGGUCCUGCCUGGCGACAUGGUGCAGCAGGUAUUGGCGGUGGGUGGGCCGGAUGGGGCCUCUUCUGAUAGAAUGAUAUGGUUAGCGUCAAGCUCAGGUCAGUUUUUGUUAUCGUCCGCCUAUAGAGAGGUUCAUGAGAUGAGGACAUCGUCCUUCCUCUUUCGCCAGAUAUGGCGUGCGAGUGUCCUCCUGAAGGUGUCUUUCUUUAUGCUUCGGUUGCUGUCCAAUCGACUUCCCAUGGAUGACGUGUUGGCGGCUCGUGGGAUUCAUCUUCCAUCUAAGUGCUCAUGUUGUCUGGUGUCGAAUAUUGAAUCCCUUUGUCACUUGUUUGUGGAGAGGGAGCUGGCAAUGGCGGUGUGGCAAUUUUUUGGUUUGGUAGCUGGGUUGGAUCUGAAUAUCAGUCAUAUCCGGGUGUGGUUGUUUGGUUGGUGGCUCAAGCCGAUGAGUUCGAAGAAGCUUCGGAACACAGCGGUGUUCCAGGGGUCUGUGCAGCGGCCUAUGGAGGUAUGUCAGGCCAUCUUUUGGGAGUUGAAGGAUGCCUUUUGGCUCAAGUUCGGGGAGAUACAUAGGGUGGUAGAUUGGCCUACGUUCUUGGAUUCGGUCAAGGGCAAGCUGGAUGCGUUUCUCGUGGGGGAAUCCUUAGGAGUUCUACGGGAUGUAAGCUAUACCAGUUUGCGAGCAGAGGCCAAGGCAUUAUUACUCGGGCUGCAGCUGUGUGCGCAACAGGGCCUCGGUGGUAAUUUGGUGGUGGAGACAGAUUCGUUGAUGUUGCAACGCAUUCUUCUGAAGAGGUACCAGUGUCCAUGGUCCAUCAGUACAGAGGUGGGGCAGAUUGAGCUAGUGGCCGGGGGUUGUGAAAUCUUACACUGUUACAGGGAAGCAAAUAAGGUCACAGAUGUUUUGGCAAAUGUUGGGUCGACACAUCCUCAGCAUGGGUUUUAUGUGUAUGAAUGGAUUGCGGAUUUGCCCAGAAUGGCUAGGGGUGAAUACCGAUUGGAUAAGCUUGGUUUUUCGUCCUUUCGCAUGUUUAGUGUCACAGGUGCUACUGCCAAAAUGUAA